AUGGCGGCGGUCGGGCUGUUCGACGGAUUGACCAUUCAGACGGAGGGGUGGGAGACUCGAGGGACGAUGAUCGCCGACCGUCAGGCGCCGUACGCGCUGUACAGCGGUGAUGGUGACGGUGACUCGUCGUCGGCGACGGCGUACCUGGAGACCCCGCGGGCGAGGAGGCGGCUGUCGUCGAAUCCGUCGUGCGCGUCGCAGACCGAUACGUACCGACAGUCUCAAGAAGACAUGAACGUGAUAUUUCAAGCCAAGAGCGGGGUGGAUCUGUGGUCCAGCGACGCGUUCGCGGCCAUGUGCGAGUUCACGGAAUCCUACAUGUCCGUCUCCGGAUACGGAGAUAUGUGCAGGCACGAGAGCGUGUGCGACGGUCUGCCCGCGGGAGAGAGCUUUGACACGGGAUGGGAGUGGUGGGAGUCCCGCGGCGAUUCAUCGUAUCAGCGAUGCGUGCGAGGAUACGGGUAUCCAACGUACUUAUACAAGACGGCAGGCUACUCCGGUUGCUCGGAGUAUCGCACCAACUCAGCUUUGCAGGCAAAGUUGGCGACGGAGAAGACGUGCAUGAAAGAAUGCGCAGCUGCAAAGGCGAGUGACUCGAGCGCAAGUUGUACCAGUCUAAGCGGUUGUUCCGGAGCUCUUCUUACGUACGAUGCCUCCGCGUUGGACGCGAAGUUCGGUCUGAGCGGCAUCACGGAUCUCACGCUCACUCGCUCCGUCGCGACCAUGGAUUCAUCACGCAAAAGUUCCCGGGAUCGUAUUUAUGAGUGGUCGUUCGACAUCUUCGACUCUGGAACUCUGAGCAAGCUCGCCGCACCAUACGCGGCUUAUUUCGACGUGUACGUUGACACGAGGAGUAGCGAUGUGCGGGAGUUUAUGGUUGAUAAGCAGCUGACGACUGACAUGAUGCUCGCCAUGGGCGCCGUCGUCAUCAUCGUUGUGCUCUUAUGGGUCCACAUGGGGUCCGUGUGGCUGACGUUGGGUGGCAUCAUACAAGUGCUCUUGUCGUUUCCAAGCGCUAUUUUUUUCACCAAGAGGAUUUGCGGUAUCAACUUUUUUCCAUUCCUCAACUUUAUCGGUGUGUUUGUCAUCGCAGGCAUCGGCGCUGACGACUGUUUUGUCAUCUAUGAUAAGUGGCAGCAGGCGAAGUGUCGCUUGGCACCCGGUCAAUCCGCCCUCGAUGUUGCGAAACAUUCUUAUUGGGACAGCGCUUGGGCCAUGUUCCUGACAUCAUUGACCACUGCGGCGGCGUUCUUCUCGAACGCAGUCAUACCAAUUGCCCCAAUCAGAGUUUUCGCAGUCUUCAUGGGAGCAAUGGUCGUCUUCGAUUAUCUGUACGAUAUCACCAUUUUCGCCGCAAUGAUCGCGUGGCAGCACGAUAGGAUAAUUCGAUAUGAGCAGACUGGGCGUAACACCGUGGGCUCUUGGUUUCUCGAUUUUUGGGGAUCCGUCGCGCGGUGCCGUUGUUGCGGGGGCAGAUCGAGAAAACCGGACGUCAUCAUCGAUAACACCCGCGAACGAAGAUCAACAUCUGAAGCGUUCAUCGCAGACAAAAUAUAUCCCGUCAUCCACUUUCUUAGAUGGGUGCUCACUCUCUGUCUCUGCGGAGCUUUUGCCGCUGGUAUUUACAGUGCGUCGAAGUUGACGACACCGCGAGACAGCGAGGUGCAGAUGCUUCCCGAGGACAACAUGUUCACAAAGUUUUCAUUCCUCCAACGUUCCGGUUUCAAGAGCUCCAAUGAAGCUUCCGUCUGGCCGAAGGUUGUAUGGGGGAUACAUCCCGGUGAUAACGGGAAUCACUUCAACCCAAAGUCAAAGCCGACGUUUCACUGGGAUACGACUUUUGACAUGUCCUCUCCCGAGUCUCAGACAUGGUUAAAAAAUUUUUGCGAAGACACGAAGACCAAUAUGGCGAGCAAUAGUCGAGCGAACUGCUGGCUUACAUACAUGGAUACUUGGUUGAGCAGCAAUCCGACUCCUGUGUCCGAAUGCGGGGGCGCGACGUCCAUUCCCGUCCCCGAAGCAAAUUUCUAUGACUGCGCUUACGCGUACGCAAACUCUGGGAGCUAUUAUCAAUUUCUCAAUCGACCUUUCACAUCAGCCUUCUACGUCGACUCGAAUGGUAAAAGAAGAAUGAAAAUCAUGGCGAUUGAAUUCGCAGCCUCUGUAUUGUGGACGGCGUCGAUCGAAGAGUUGGAAAAAGAGUGGGAGAGGUGGGAAAACUACGUCACCGCCAAAAUUGCCACUGCACCCGAAGGCUUGCGAAACGCGUAUCAAACGUGCGAAGCGUGGGCCUGGAUGGACACCGUAAAGCAGAUGCGAGAUGGGGUGUAUAUUGCCGGUGCUACGACGCUCGCCAUUGCCGCAUUCACCACCAUGUUGUCGACUCAAAACGUCAUUGUGUGCAUCUACUCUUUGCUGUGCAUCUUGACCAUCCUAGGUUGCACGGUCGGUACGAUUGUUUCGCUCGGGUGGACUCUCGGUUUCCUGGAAGGUAUUUGCAUCACGAUCUUGAUCGGUCUCUCCGUCGAUUACGUCGUUCAUAUUGGUCAUGCGUAUGCUCACGCGGCCAGACACGAGGGCGCGACGCGCCGCGAAUGCGCGCGGCACGCCGUCUCCAUGAUGGGAUUCCCCGUGUUGAGCGCUGCCUUCACCACCUUCUGCGCUGCGUUCGCUCUUCUCAGGGCAGUCGUCGUCUUUUUCACCAAGUUCGGAACGAUUGUGCUUCUUUCAACGGUGUAUUCAUCGAUCGUUUCUGUCGUUUUGUUCAUCGCGUUACUCGCCGCAGCAGGUCCGGUGAACGGAUUUGGCGACGUCACCCGCCUCUGCGGCAGGAAAAAGCUCGCAAAGACGCAAUCGAUCGCGUACUGA